UUUGUCAACCCAUCCUUAGAUCACACCGCAAUAAUUCUUGUCGCAACAAAACAGAGCAGGAAGAAGAAGAAAGCUCCCCCCCCCCCUUCUUUCUCCUGAAACUUUGCUCGAGUGACUACUUUGAUCUUUAGGAAGAAAAGAGGGGAGGGAAUGGCAGCAUGUAAUGAGAUCAUCGGCGUCUCUCCGCUGGGGAGAUCCUCUUUUCUUCCUGGGAAUAGAUCUGUUUUGCUGGGGAGCAAACAGAACAAGCUCUGUUUUGCCUCCCCUGCUCUGUUGGAACAGAGGAGGAAGGGGAGACUUCCGUCCAUGAAGAAGGCCGCGGCGACGCCAGUCGUGGCGACGAUCAGCGAGGAGAUGGUGAAGUUGGUGGCGGGGAAGCAGCAGCAGAAGUUGAAGGUGAGGGCGGCGCUGACCGUGAGGAGGAAGCUCAAGGAGGAUCUGAAGGAGGUCAUCGUCAAUCAACUCGACGCGCUGUCCGACAAGAUCGGCCGGAAUGUGGUGCUGGAGCUCAUCAGCACGGAGAUCAAUCCAAGAACCAAAAAGCCGAACAAGAGCGGCGAGACGGUGAUCAAGGAUUGGUACGAGAAGAAGAACGUGAAGGGAGAGCGCGUGGUGUACACCGCGGAAUUCGACGUGGACUCCGCCUUCGGCGAGCCUGGGGCGAUCACGGUGGUCAACCGCCACCAGAAGGAGUUCUUCCUUGAGGGCGUCGUCAUCGAGGGGUUCGCGUGCGGGCCGGUGCAUUUCCCCUGCAACUCUUGGGUCCAAUCCACCAAGGACCUUCCCACCAAGCGAAUCUUCUUCAGCAACAAGCCAUAUCUGCCAUCGGAGACGCCGGCGGGGCUGAAAGAGCUGAGGAAGAAGGAACUGAACGAGCAACGAGGCGACGGCAAUGGUGUUCGGAAGCGGUCCGACAGGAUCUACGACUACGCCACCUACAAUGACUUGGGUAAUCCCGAUCGAGGCAUCGAGUUUGCUAGGCCAACACUUGGGGGCAAGAAGAUCCCUUAUCCAAGACGAUGCCGUACCGGUCGCCCCCCAACAGAUACCAACAUGGUAGCUGAGAGCCGAAUCGAGAAGCCACAUCCCAUAUAUGUGCCUCGGGACGAGGCGUUCGAGGAGCUGAAACAGGGUGCCUUCUCCGCAGGAAGACUCAGGGCUGUGCUGCACAACUUCAUCCCCUCCCUCAUCGCGUCCAUCUCCGCUGAUAACCAUGACUUCCAGGGUUUCCACCACAUCGACAAUCUCUACAAGGAGGGCCUCGUCCUCAAGCUCGGCCUCCAGGAACACCUCAUCAAGAAGCUCCCUUUCGUUCGAAAGAUCCAGGAAUCGAGCGAGGGCCUGCUUCGAUACGACACCCCACGCAUCCUCUCCAAGGACAAGUUCGCGUGGCUCCGGGACGAUGAGUUUGCACGACAGGCGGUCGCCGGCAUCAACCCUGUCAGCAUAGAGAGGCUUCAGGCUUUCCCUCCGGUCAGCAAGCUGGACUCUGAGAUCUAUGGCCCACCUGAAUCCGCUAUCACCGAAGCCCACAUAUCCGGUCAACUCGAGGGUUUGACCGUACAACAGGCUGUGGAGGAAGGGAAGCUGUUCGUGGUGGACUUCCACGACAUAUACCUGCCGUUCAUCGAGAGGAUCAACGCGAUGGACCGGAAGGCGUACGCGACGAGGACACUCUUCUUCUUGAAUCCCAUCGGGACGCUGAAGCCCGUAGCGAUCGAGUUGGGACUCCCUCCGGCGCAACCGGGGGCGUCCCGGCCGAGCAUGGUGCUGACGCCGCCUCGCGACGCUACUACCAACUGGCUCUGGAUGCUCGGCAAGGCCCACGUCUGCUCCAACGACGCCGGCGUCCACCAGCUCGUCAACCACUGGUUGAGGACGCACGCCGUUAUGGAGCCGUUCAUUCUGGCGGCGUACCGGCAGCUGAGCGCGAUGCACCCGGUGUUCAAGCUGUUGCACCCGCACAUGAGGUACACGCUGGAGAUCAACGCGCUGGCGCGGCAGAGCCUGAUCAACGCCGACGGCGUGAUCGAGUCCUGCUUCACCCCCGGCGCCGUUUGCAUGGAGAUGAGCGCCGCCUACUACAAGCAUCACUGGCGAUUCGACCUCGAGGGGCUACCAGCUGAUCUCAUCCGCAGGGGAAUGGCAGUGGAAGACCCCACGCAACCACAUGGCGUCCGCCUCGUCCUCCCGGACUAUCCGUACGCCGACGACGGUCUCCUCCUCUGGUCCGCCAUCACCAGCUACGUUCGCUCCUACAUCCAGCUCUACUACCCGGACUCGGACCCGGGCCGCAUCCGCUCCGACUCGGAGCUCCAGGCCUGGUACCACGAGUCCAUCAACGUGGGACACGGUGACCACCGCGACGCCCCCUGGUGGCCGCCGCUCGACACCUCGGACGACCUCGUCGCCUUCCUCACCACCCUCAUCUGGCUCGCCUCCGCCCAGCACGCCGCUUUGAACUUCGGCCAGUACCCGCUCGGCGGCUACGUCCCGAGUCGGCCCCCGCUCGUGCGGCGACUCAUCCCCGACCCGGAGCGCGACGCGGACGAGUACAGGGCCUUCCUCGCCGACCCGCACCGCUUCUUCCUGUCAGCCAUGCCCAGCGUGCUGCAGGCCACCAAGUUCAUGGCGGUCGUGGACACGCUGUCAAUGCACUCGCCGGACGAGGAGUACCUGGGGGGCACGCGGGAGGGCGCCGCCGCGUGGACGGCGGACAAGGAGGCCGAAGCGGCCUACCGGAACUUCGCCGACGAGGUUGCGGCUGCUGAGGAGGAGAUCAAGAAGCGGAACGUGGACCCGACUCGGCGGAAUCGGUGCGGAGCCGGGGUGCUGCCUUACGAGUUGCUGGCGCCGAGUUCCCCACCCGGUGUAACGGGACGGGGAGUUCCCAAUAGCGUCUCCAUAUAAGGGGAGGUAAUCGCUCUCGACGGUGAGGGGAACAUGGAUUCUUUUCUUCUUUGUAACUCGUAGGACAAACCAGAGCUUAUAUACAAAAGAUCGAGAACAAUAUUGGAAAUAUAAUGUUAGAAUUAUUGAAUGUAGAAAGGAAGACAUGAUUAUAUGGAAAUGUAAAUGGUAUUGGAAUUUAUAUUAUCCCCUUUGUGACAA